UCAAACAUCUUCAAGUCGUUGCUUCAUUUCGCAUAUAAAUACCUCGCCGAAGCUUGCUACGCAUUUAGUGUGCAGUGAAACUUGGAAGAGCGUUUUCAAUCAAUAAGUGAAGAUGUUUAAAAAUAAUUUACUGCUGGCCAUCGGCUUGCUGUUACUAAUACAGCUUACGACGUGCUUACCAAAACCAACUUCCUCGGAAUCGGAGGAAGAUAAUAUCAUUCCAUACGGUACAUCAACCGCUAUGUCAUCAGUAAGUGAAAGUGCAGUGCCAAAUGGCUGUAAGAGGCUCGAAGCGAAUGUUUUUAAAGGUCACAUUAACUUUUUAAACUUUUGCUUGCGACGAAGUAAUCAAAUAGCAAAGAAUGUACUAGCCGAUCCUUCUAUGAAUCGCAUAGAGAGCCAAGCCAUGGAGUAUGAAAGAAAUACACUUACAAAAUAUGUAAAAGAUUCUAAGCAGGCGCUAGCUAUGGUGCUGCCUGCCGAUAAAAAUGGGCGUAACGAUCGCUUCUUCUUCGCAAUGGGUAAAGAUUUUGUGCUUGAAGAUUUCAACGGCUUUUAUCGAAGACGUGCUUCAACAUUCGAAGUGCUUACACCAGAACAACAGGUAUCAUGGGAAGCUUUGAAGAAACAUGGUGCUUUAGAGUACAACGCAGAGAUGAAGAAACGUUCGAAAGAAUUUGCAAGCCACAUAGUCGAUGAGUUCGAUAAUUAUAUGAAAACACUACCAGCUGCUGAAAGAGAGAAGGAAAAGGAACUGUACGAAGUGUGGGAUAAGUACACAAAGAAUAAACUUGAAUUCGAUAAGGUUGAAUUGGGCGAAAAACUGUUUCUUGAACUAUUCCAAUACGAAUCCGAUAAGUAAUUGUAUAUAUGGAAAUGUAUUUUUAUUUUUUACAAAAUAUAAUAAAUUAAUAAAAUUAUAAUAAAUAUUUAAAUUUGUGGACUAUAUAUUCUUGAGUCGUUUCAAUAAAUAAAUAUUUCUUUGGUUUCGGGAAAGGGCUUAAUAAGAGAAAACUAUAAACCAGUUUUUCUUAACACAUAUGAAAGUCAGGUUAAUACGCAUAAGUUUCCGACCAAUUCAAGCAUUUAUUAUAGCGGUCGUCACUUUUCAUUGAAAAAGUUUCUAAUGGGUCUACCAGCUGUACAAUUUUUCGGAUAAAUGCAGUGGGCUCAGUCAAGAAUUUAGAAUUGAUUGAUCAACAAGCAAUUUUAAAGAAUCUAAAAGAAAGAGGUUCUUCAUGUCAUAAGAUCAUAUGGCUUUCUUUAAUUAAUAGACCAAUUUGGAGUCCACCAGCUCUUUGAGCUCGCGAUAAUUUUUUGUUUUUUAUAAAGUUUUGACAUUUUUAUCAAAAUUAAUUGAAUCUAGUCUAUACUGUUACUGAUCUCACAGUAAGCUUAAUGUUGAGCGGACUAAACUCACAAAUCUAUAUGUAUAUUGAAACUUUACUUCGAAUAUAUUUUUUAAAUGAAGCUUAUUUUAUAAACAUAUAAAUGUAUGUGUGAGUAUGAGUAGCUGUUUACAAAAAUAUUUGAUAAGGCUUUAGAGCAAUUAUUUAUAUUAGUAGAUUUGAAAAGAAGCAACAAGUUGAGCAGACUACAUUGGAAUUUUAUGACCCUUAUGGAGUUCACUUGAUAGCACAUCAUUAGAUUUUAUUUUCAUAUUUACCUUUAAUUUCAAUGCCUCAUUUAAUUUCAUGUAAAUAUUGAAAUAAGCAAAUAUAUUAUUCAUUUAAUUCAGAGCUGUACUUUGUAUGAGCAAUUUUAUUCAAAGACUUUCAAGUCGAGUGUCAAUUCUGCAUAUAAAUAUCUAGUUGAGUCUUGCCUUACAAUUAGUGAGGCUACUUCGGAAUCAGCGGAAGAUAAUACCAUUCCACAUGGUUCAGCAACAACAGCGACAUCUGUAGGUGAUGGUGUUGGUCGUAAAAGGCUCGAAGCGUUUGUUUUUAAAGGCCAUAUCGAUUUUUUAAACUUUUGCUUGGAACGUACCAAUCAAAUAGAGAAAGAUGCGCUCGCUGACCCUUCUAUGAAUGGAGCUAUGGAGUCUGAAAGAGAUGCACUUACGAAAUAUAUUAAAGACUCUAAGGAAGCACUAAAUUCGGCUAUGCCUAUUGGCAAAAGUGAGAAGAACAAUCGUUUCUUCUUCGGCAUGGGUAAAGAAUUCGUGCUUAAUAAGUUCAACAGCGUUUAUCGCAGCAGUAUUGCAAACCCCACUGAGCUUACAGCAGAACAGCAGGUAUCAUGGGAAGCUUUAAAGAAGCAUGACGUAUUGGAGUACAACGAAGAGAUGGAGAAACGUUCGAAAGAUUUCGCUUGCCACAUAGUUGAUGAAUUCGAAAAAUAUAUAAAAACACUCUCAGCGGACGAAAGAGAUAAGGAAAAGCAGUUCGUGGAAGUUUGGGAUAAGAUCACAAAGAAUGAGCUUGACUUAGACAAGGCUGAAUUUGGUCAAAAAUUGCUUCUUCGACUGUUCGAUUACGAAUCAGAGAAGUAAACGACUAAUGACAUAUUAUUAAAAUUUUUGAAGUGUAACAAAUAAAAAUGUUAUGAAGAUUAAUAUUUGGUUUUAUUCGUCUUCUACAGUGAUUUGGUUAGGUUUUUAAUGCCUCAUUUAAUUUGGCGUAAAUAUAUAUGAUAUAUGUAUGUGGUAGACAAAAAGAUGAUUGAUUUAAUUGUGAGUUAUACGCUGUAGAAGUAAUUGAUAAGAAUAUAAGCAAGGCUCUCGUUCAAAUGCAAAUAUAAUAAAUGGUGUAUCGAAUGCACCGUUGUAGACUUGAACUCCGCUUAUUUUAAGAGUGUGAGCAAAAAAUAUGUAUAUUUAUUUUUUAAUCAAAUACCAUGAAGUCAUGUCUCAAUUCUGCGUAUAAAUACCUUGUAUGAGCCUGCUACGCAUUUAGUGUGCAUCGAAACCUGAAAGAACGUUUUCAAUAAAGUACAGAAAGCGAAAAUGUUUAAGCGCAUUUCGUAUCUGACAUUCGCCUUGCUGUUAUUCAUACAGUUUACAACGUGUUUACCCAUACCAACCGCUACGGAUAGAUUGGAAAAUAAUAACAUUCCACAAGUUACAACAACAGUAAACCCAACAGUAGCUGUAGCCGAAGGCCACAAUAGCUUCGAGGAUGCCUUCUUCAAAGGUUUAAUAAAUUUUCAAAAUUUUCGUUUACAACGAAGCAAUCAAAUAGCGAAAGAUGUGCUCGCCGAUCCCUCCAUGAAUAGUAUAGAUAGCGAAGCUAUGGAGAAGGAAAGAAGUGUGCUUCGGAAAUAUGUGCAAGACUCGAGGGAAUCGUUAAAUACCGCACAGCCUGCCGACAAUAAUUAUGAGUACGCUGGCUUCAUUUUUCUGGGCAAUAAAGAUGUGGUUCUUCAAAGUUUCGAUAGAUUUAAGCGGAGGCACGCUUCAAAGACGGAAGCACUAACACCAGAACAACAGGUGGCCUGGGAUGCUUUAAAGAAGCAUGGUGUAUUGGAAUACGAUGAAGAGGUGGACAAACGUUACAAAGAAUACUUACACUACUUGGUGGAUGAAUUUGAAGCAUAUGUGAAGACACUCUCUGCUGACGACAAAGAGAAGGCAAAAGAUUUGAUAGAGGCAUGGAAUGCAUAUACAAAGCAUGAACGUGGAAUGGAUAAGACGGCGUUCGGUCACAGAUUGUUCCAAAUAAGUUGGAAAUUUUAGUAAACGUUGACACGAUAUUUACGAGGGCGAACAAAGUUUAUUUUCGGGAACUUACAUUCUUCGAUUUUUAUAUUAUCUCCGCCAACACAACCGCAUAAUAAAUAUUUGUAAAUAUAACUAAAAAAUAAAAAAAUAAAUAAAAUUAAUAAGUUA